AUUUAAAAGGCAUGUUGACAUUUGGUAGACAGAGUGCGUCAGAGAAGAACAUCGAGGACGCCGACGGUCACGAACUUUCGGUGCAAUUUUUCCCAAUUUCCCAAAAUUCACCUUUUCCCAAUUUUCUCCUUUUCUUCUUCUUUUUUCUUUCUUUAAUUCCCCAUUUCACCCUCUCUCUUCGCCGCAUCACACACUCAUCUUCCAUAUCCCAAAUGGACCUUUACACCGCCGCUUCUCUUCUCUCCCACUCCUCUCCUUCCUCCCACCACUUCCUCCACUUCUCCUCUUCCCCUCCCUCGCAUACUCCCCCCGCCCUCUCCCCCUCCGACGAGUUCAACGAAUCCGAGCUCUUCUGGACUGCUGAUUUCGUCCAAUCAUCCAAUAACUCCUCCCGCUCCAGGAAAAUCUCUACCGAUGAUCGCGCCUCCAGUUUCAUCCCUCCUCCAAACUCCGGCAUCCUCGCCGCUUUAUCUGAUGAUUUCAAUUACGAUCGGAAAAAGAGAAUCGGAACGAUUCUGACUCGAGAUACUACUUCAAUUACGAAAUCCCCGUCGUCGUCGACGCGAUCAAUUCCAAGGCCGGUUCAGAGUAAUAGAGAAUACUCACAAUCCGUGCCUUGUAGGAAAUUUCAGCAAUCGGCUCCGAUCAAAGUGCCGGAAGCGAUGAGGAAAGGGAGGAAUGAUCGGGAUCAUGUUGAGAGGAAGGAGGAGGAGGAGGAGGAGGAGGAGCAGAUGUUACCACCUCAUGAGAUAGUGAGGAGAGGCUCCGGCAUGUCGCCAAAUACGACAUUUUCGGUGCUGGAAGGGGCGGGAAGGACGCUGAAAGGGAGGGAUCUUCGUCGAGUUAGAAACGCCGUUUGGCACAGAACAGGAUUUGUUGAUUGAAAUAUGGGGUUUGGUUUGACUUUGAAUUUUGAACUCCGGUGAUCUUCUUCCUCAACUCCAUCCGUUUUUUUUUUUCUCUUUUUGUGUAGAACUAGAAACUGGAAAAGGGGAAGCGUUUUUCUUCUUCAUCCUCCUCUGUUCGAUCAGUUUUUAGCUUUCAUAGAUGCGAGGAAUGAAAGAAAUCAAUCCAGAAAUUUUAGCUCAAAUUAUAGGUCGCCGCCUGUGAUCGGAAUUUCUUGUUGUUUGUUUUUUGUUUUUUGUUUUCUGUUUUGUUUUUCCAAUUCUUACCUAUACAUUACCAUUGAUCUAUCUAUUGCAUUAAUUUCAAGUACA